AUGAGCAACACAAAUCGGAGACGAAAGACGACAAUGGAUUGGCUGAAUUUCGACCCAAUUCCAGAAGUCGAUCGUCUAUUCCGAUUUACGUGUAAACAUCCAGCUCUUCACAAACACAUGACCGGCAGCUAUGGUCAUAUGUUCGUCGAUAUCAGUGACAUUCCAGCAGCGGCUCGUCAUUAUCUCGCACUCAUGGCCGCUUCUCGUCACAGAUGUCUCUCACUUAUGGAUCAUCACCGUCGAAAGUUUCUGGAGAAGGGCGGUAAUCCGAUGUGGAUUCUUGGCGUCGAUUGGGCACACAUGAAAUAUCGAAAAUUGGAUUAUUUGAAUCGAAUGAUUUGCCAUCGGCCAUGGGUUAUUCAUUGGAAAAAUUUGGCGGUGCUCAUCGGACGUGGCUCACCAAACGCCGGACCCUCGUUCUUCUCGAUUUGCUCUCUUCACCACGCCGUCGGAAUAAUGUCAAUGACUCACGCAAUGUGCACAGUCGUCUGCUCCAUCGGGUUGGAACGUCGUGUUGGAUUGACUCAAGAUGAAAUUGACUUUCUGAAUAUCGAUGAUUUGGAUUAUUGGGAGGCGAGAAUGUCCGAGUUCUUCCGAAAAGUUGCAGACCGUGAGCAGACGAAUGUGGAAUAUAUGAUCAGUGAGCUGAAGAAGACGGAGAAGGGAAUGAAGAGACCAACUGCAAAGUUGUGUGCAAUGACUACAGAGACUAUCGAAUCACUGAUCAAUGCACCAGCAGCCACUUACAGUUCCCAUCGAAAGAGCUACUCGCCAGUUCUUCUUGUUGGAAAUAUUGAUGAGAAUGGGGAGGAUAUUCUGGAGAAAGAGCCACCAUGCGACUAUCCAAUCUACUCUCAUGAUCGCACUUUUGGAUAUAUCGACUUCAGAAAACGCCCAGAGAAGGACAUCGCACCGUUCAGAGUUGAGGAGUUCGGAUGGGAUCAUGUAUACAAUACAAUGAAUGAGUACACUGAUACGAUGACUUCUCGUCUUGAUCGCAUGUUUGAUCAUAUCAGAACUCUCACUGGAAACAUGUCAUCUGCUUCCAACUCGUCCGGAGAAGGAUCCCCAGCUGAUCAGAAUGAGAUUGACACUGCCUCUUUCCGUGAAGCCAUCUGGAAUUACAGUCAAGGACUCUAUGGAGUUCGUGUCGAUGAUUACGAUUACUCGAAGAUCAAUCGAGUUUUGGAUAAGGGAACCAAGACGUUCAUUAAGUUGGCCGCCUGCUAUCCACACAAAUUGACUACUGAAUUCACUAGAGCUCUUCCAGGAUUCAAGGAUUCUGAAAAGAUCCACGUCGUCAUGAUGGUCGCCAUGGCCCGUUUCCAAGCAUCAAUGUUCCAUUACACUCGUGCCGCUUGCAAUUACAAUGCAAUGUGCCUUUCGAAGAAGGGAUGGAGAAAACCACUCGACUGA